CGUUUUCGCAUCCCCACCAUACUGUCCGCUCAGUCCAGCUGACGAGCGAUCAUCGUUCGAUCAUCGUCAUUAUUAUCGUUGCCGUCACGGUCGUCACAGUGGGACCGAAUUCGUGCACAUUGUUCCUAAUAACGGUAUCGCGCGGACGGGAAGACGGCCUUCACGGGGCGCGACGUAACAAAAGGCAAAGGACGAGACAAACAACGGCCUCUCGCUCGCGCUCUCCUCACUCUCGACCCUUCUCCCUCUACCUCGCGCCGCGGAGGUCUUUCUCUAUCUCCUCCCUUCCUCUCAAUCUCGCUCGCUCGUUCGCGAGCAAACGUCGCAGAUCCGGGGACCUCGUAAGAAAUAACCCUCGUCUCUCGCGUCCCGCGCGUGAGAGAAAGAGAGAGUACAGAGUGCGUGCUACGUAAAUCUGGCACGCGUACGGACGCGCGUGUGGGUGCCGUGAUUGUUCUCGGCGGGACUGUCGCGCGGAGAUAGACAACGCGCGCAAGGUGCGCGGUGAAGGAAGGAGGUCGUCGUCGUCGUCGUUGCCAUCGCCGUCGCCGUCGUCGUCCGUCAAUCGCGCGUGCACACGCAUCUACGGAUCUACACCUAUCGCGGAGAGGGACGGAGAGUGAGAGAGAAGGAGCGAGCGUGAUCAGCCAUCAGUCGUUCGCAGAAGUUAACGGGGAGCAGCCAUUCGUAAGGGAUGUCCACCCCUGCGAGGAGGCGAUUGAUGAGGGACUUCAAGAGAUUACAGGAAGAUCCACCGACCGGAGUAUCAGGCGCCCCGACAGACAAUAAUAUUAUGAUAUGGAAUGCAGUUAUAUUUGGACCACAUGAUACUCCGUUUGAAGAUGGCACCUUUAAACUUACAAUAGAAUUCACAGAAGAAUACCCCAACAAGCCACCGACAGUGAGAUUUGUUAGUAAAAUGUUCCACCCUAACGUAUACGCGGACGGUGGAAUAUGUCUGGACAUACUACAAAAUCGCUGGAGUCCUACUUACGACGUCUCAGCCAUCCUAACAUCUAUACAGUCACUUUUGGACGAACCGAAUCCUAAUUCGCCAGCCAACUCUUUAGCGGCGCAAUUGUACCAAGAGAACAAGCGGGAGUACGAGAAGCGAGUGGCCACUGUCGUCGAACAGUCUUGGCUGAAUUUCCAAGAGAGCCACACGGAGGACAAUCCUCGCUGACAUUAAGUAUGCCGCUUUUUCACACGACGCGUAAGAGAUCUCUGUCGCAGCUUCUCUGUCUAAUAUAAAAGUUGUCCCCCCCCCGCCGCUCCCCCUCCGUAUUAUAUACAUACGUAAUGAUUCGGUCGACACGUUUUUCGGUGGAGCUGUAUCUGUAAUAUUCCUUUAACAUCUCGUGGCGAACAUUCCGUGUGUUGUGAAUGUUGUGAUCCAACAAGUCUGUAGAACACAAUGAAGGGAGAUUUGCACGGCUCUCACUGUUGCAAAAAAAAUAUCGAAAGAAAAAAAUUAACAAAAAAUAGGUAGAAAAUCGGAACGAUGUGAAGUUGCACUAUAAACUUAUGUGAUCUUUUACUUAUAAGUACAACAUGUAUUGUCUUGUUCUUAUAACUAGCCGUUAUGUAGGUAUCCCUCUCGCGCAAAAGUAAAAAAAAAAGAUAAUGUCCAUACAAUGUUUCGCCAUACCUUAAUCUUGCAGGCAAAUUGACUUUCUAUUAUUUUACAAGUGUAGAGACGAGCUUGUGGAAAAUGCAAUUGUACUGAAGAAAUAUGAAAGUCUGUAAGUCGCUUCUGGAAAGUCUACUUUCACCAUGUGUAACGGCGCAAAAUAUAAGAAAAUAGUAUGAUUAUUUCUCGUUUUCAACUUGGUAUUAACCAUUAGAAAGUCAUGCUUGUAUUAGACUGUAAAUGAAUGUCAUAUAUUGAAUUGAUAGUAAUCGAAUUAAUAAAUUUUGCAAGAAAGAAA